AUGGACCAAACACGCUGGGCCUCGAUUGAGACUAGCAUGCACAACGUUUUCCACACCGAGGUUGACUUCAUGUCGCUUCUGGAACACGCGUGCCUGUACCCCCAAGACGCCCUCCGAAGCGAAUCUAGUCAGGCGAUCGCUCACCAUAGCACGGCUCAACUCCCGGGUGGUUCCCCCAUCGACCUUGCCGCGGCGUUGUACGCCCAGGCGCACACGCACAUGCCUGCGCCGCUGCCCAUGCAAGAGUCUUCUUCGGGAUCGUACUCCCAACUUUUCAACCCGCCCGCGCCCUCACGCUCAUACUCGCACAACCACUCCGCGCCGUUCGCUUCGAAUGGCGUUCAAUACGGCGGCGCAGCCCAGGGGCAGACGCCCCAGUACCCACCUCAACAGCCUCAGUACGCGCCCCAGCCGCCUCAAUACGCGGUUCCGCACACCCCGUCGCCGUUCUCGCACCUCCCGCCGCCGCCGAUGGCGAGCGGCCCUGAGCCGUUCGUUUCGUUGGAGGAAGCGUUCUACGACUGGAGCCUCGUCGUUCCCUCGAGCUAG